GGGAGGGGGAAACGGCGUAUGCUUGUAUACAACCCUGAUUUCCAUUUUUUUCCCAACUCGUAAUGUAUUUAAUUCAAGUGAAACGUAAUCAUGACGUGUCGUGUCAUUAAUCUCCUCGCCGCCUCUCCCAAGGUCAAAGGAGGAGGCUGCCACAGAUGUGUGUCCCCCCUCAGCCAAGACACUAAAGAAUGGCAUAACACCACACACGCUGCUGAGGAUGGAUUCUCCGCCAGAAUGUGUGUUGUCUCUUUCUUGUGAGCAGCCCCAGUCUCCCCCAACACUGCCAUCCCUGGACCACAGCCCCCAGGCUUCCUCUCUUCACACUCAGCUCUCUCUACCUAACAGCCCUGUUGUCCUGCCCAUUCACAGCCCCGAACCUUCCCCUCAGAGCCCGGACACCACGCCUUAUUUCCCCCUCUCUCCCUUCCCCCUCCAUGAGGACAAUAAUAACAAUCACCACGAUGUUGAUGAAGAAGAUGAUGAGGAAGAACUGGAUGGAGUUCCUCCAUCCCCAACCCCGGCAGUGGCUUUGUUCCCAGGAGGAGGGGGACAAGAGGCUGGAUGCAGCCCUUGUUUGGACUCCUCUCCCCCAGCCACACCGUCGGCACCACUCCUCGGGUUUGGAGCUCUGGAGCUGGCCCUUUCAUCAGGGCAGAGCGGAAACUGCAGUGAUGAGCUGGACCUCCAGCUCUUCCAGAAGGACACUGUUACCAGGGCAAUACCUGGAGUAGGAGGGGCCUCAUCAGGGCCUGCGCUCAGGUUUCCCUGUCAUGUGUGCGGGAAGAGAUUCAGAUUCCAAAGCAUUUUGUCUCUUCAUGCUCGAGCUCACAGUCUGGACCGGGACCGCCGAGCUUCAGCCCUCUACCGGACUGGACUCCCCUCAGCACCCCUAAAGCAGCACCUCAAGGUUCGACAGAACCACAAGGACAUAAUCCAAAACCACCGAAGUCACUCCAACCAGCGUUUACUGCCAGGGACUCUCAUCCAGCAUCUCACAGAAGAAGAGGAUGUCGAUGGUGAGGUCAAAGGUCUAGAUGAUGAGCUACAGACAGACCAGAAUCCACACUUUCUGCUGGAUGAGAGCACACCAUUGACCCCUCCACUUACUGAGGACCCUGUUUCUGUGACCUCUCCCUAUUCUUCUAAUCCUUCUACCAUUGGGGAGGCUGCGUCUACUCUAAUGGCGCCUACGUUUCGCUGUCAUGCCUGCAAAGGAAAAUUCCGUACAGCUUCGGAGUUGGCGCGCCAUGUCCGCAUUCUCCACAACCCGUAUAAAUGCACUCUUUGUCCUUUCUCUGCCAGCCAAGAAGAGAGCUUGGCAUCUCACUUGCAAGAGUGCCACCCUUCCCCUGAGGUACCUGUUGUGCCCCCGGCCUUCAAUUCCAGGCCAAUCAUUGCAAACCCUGACACUCCUGUGCCCACCCCAACCCAUACCCCAGCCCCAGCCCCAAGUACCCCACAGAUGACAUCAGCCACAACAGUAACUGCAUCCCCCUCACUGCCAGCAUUUCGCUGUGAUACUUGUGGACAGCGGUUUACCCAGUCUUGGUUCCUUAAGGGACACAUGCGAAAGCACAAAGACUCCUUGGACCAUAAGUGCCAGGUAUGCGGCCGUGGCUUCAAGGAGCCUUGGUUCCUCAAAAACCACAUGAAAGUACAUCUCAACAAACUUGGAUUGAAAGCCGGGCUGGGAACCCUUGGGGGACCAGGAGGUGCUGAGCAGCAAGCCAAAGGCUCUGCAAGUAAUCAGUCUCUCAAUGCCCUCUACUCCAGCCUCCUUUUGGCCCAACGAGGAAGUGGCAGAGGUGGACAAGGAAGAUCAGACAGGGACACUGGAGGCAGAAUGGGGAUGGGCUCAAGCAAGUCAGCCAUCCUGGGCUACCUGGGGCUGCCUAGUGAUGGCAGUGGGGCCAGCUGCAUGGAGAGACUCCAAGCUGUGGCUCAGGUGGCAGAGAUGGGAAAUGGUGGUGGUGGCAGCAUUGGUGGCUCAGGAGGAGGGGAUCCAGGGAGAGGAGGGGGAGCAACUAGAGGAGGGGGCACAGGUGACACCACAGCAUCAGUAUCUGAGGGAGGGGACCAGGCAACUUGGUGGCAGCUGGUGGCUCGCAGUCUUGCAGUAGCUCAGCAACAGCAGCACAGGCCCCAUCAGCGAGGUCAGCAGCAAGGCCAGCGAGGCCCAGGUCGGAGCUCUGUGAUAACAGAGGCCGAUCAAGUUAGAGCCUACCUUGGAGGCCUGGAUCCAAGAGAGGAGUCUGCAGGAGCAGGAGGGCCAUGGGAAUGCCCAGACUGUGGAAAGCUAUUCCGCAGCUUGCAGCAGGUGGUGGUUCAUGCUCGUGUUCACACUCAAAAGCCCCAGAAAGGAGGUGGUAGUGAGGAAGAGGGGAGUGUUAGUCGUAGAGGAGCAGGCCUUGGAAGAGGCAGUGGUGAAUCUCAGCUGCACAGUGGUGGAUCCCAACAAACAGGAGACCUGAGACAGGAAUCUAAACUGCACAGUGGUGGAUCACAACAAGCAGGAGCAGCUACAGGGUUUCACUCUGUCAUCUCAAGCUUCAAAGGAGAAAAUGGUAUGACAGCACUUUCCUCCAUACCGUCAGUUCCCACCAGGGAGCGAGUGCGUGGCAGAGGGAUAAAAGACUGCCCCUACUGUGGUAAAGCCUUCCGUUCAUCACACCAUCUCAAAGUGCACCUGAGAGUUCACACAGGUGAGAGACCCUACAAAUGCCCCCACUGUGACUAUGCGGGUACCCAGUCUGGCUCACUGAAGUAUCACCUUCAGCGGCACCACAGGGAGCAACGCAAUGCCUUGUCAGCCUCCUCCAAUUCUUCCUCCAAUUCCUCCUCCACUGGUCUCACCUCCACUAUCAACAGUCUCACAUCUGGAACCUCUGGGCUGGUCAAGCAGCGCCGAUCCCAACCCAAUCACUGCCCAGUAAACCGAGGCCCAACCGACACCCCCACAUCGAGGCCAAGCCAGCAGUCUUGGCUCCUGGGGCUUCCAGACCAGCGGGAGCAUCGGAAGGCCUUGGCAGCUCUAAGGGAUGUUGACUUGGAGACCCAGUACAGGUAUUUGUCUGGGGUGAUGGGUGCACUUUACCAAGGUGGAAUGGAAGGAAGCUGGAUCAGGGAGUCUCCCCCACCGAAGGCCCCCAAAGUGUCCAGACGUAAACCCCUUACCACUAGCCGAAUGGUUCAGCCGUCGAGUGACAAGGAAGGACCUGCAUCUUCAACUCAAGAGGGUGGGUUUGAACCCCUGGAUCUGUCCCGUCGUCCCUCUCCUGGCCUCGGAGGGAUGGAAGAGGAUGGAGUCAUUAGCGUAGGGGAAGGAGGAAUUGUUGGUGGUGGUGAUGGGGGAGGGGAUAGUUCAACAGGGGUCAAACUGAGCCAAUGUUUGUUCUGCCCUUUCCGUACAUCCUCAGCAGAGCUGAUGGCCAUGCAUCUUCAGGUCAAUCACACCAGUAAGUCCAGACGCAAAAGGGGCUCUACGACCACCUUAGAUGACGACAGAGCCCCGAAGGCCACAAUGCCCCGGAUCGAUCAUUCUGAACUUGACUCCCAUGGCAUAUGGAGGCAUUUGAGUGAGGUUGAGUCCCAGUCCCCCAUGGGGGAAUGGUCCUCAACCCAGGCCCAGACCCUCAAUGGGCUCUGUCAGGAUGCAACAGAACAUCUGGUUGAUGGCCUUGACCACCCAGACUCCAACUUGGCUUCAGUAUCCAAGACUUUAAGUGAUGGUCUGGAUCUCAAGGGGAAGAUAGAGGAAGAUGAGGAAGACCAAGAGGAGGAAUUGGAAGAGAAUUUAGAGAAUAGCAGUCUGGAGGAUUCACCAGGACCGGACCAGGAUCUGAGGAUGUCCCUCACUCUUUCACCAGUCCUGAGCUCCAACCACAUGGUGGGAGAGGAGGAAAGAGUCUUAACAGAUUAGAAUCAUAUUGGAUGACACCCUUUAAAUUUGAGAGUUUGGUUCAACUACACUUCAAGAAUUGAAGAAGGGGUGGGAAGCUUUAUAGAAAGAAAAGGGGUUUAAAGUUAAGUGAAUAUUUGCCCCUUUAUGCUUUCAUUUCUGAAUAGAGGAUGAUUCUUGACUCCUGAUGUUUCAGAGAGUUAUUAAAAGGAUAGAGAGAAAAAUCACAGCAGUUAUGUUGCCGCUGACAUUUUUUGUCUACUUCAGUUCUGACUUCUGACUCCCUGUACAAAAGAGCAUGGAUGCAUCUUUUCAGGACUUUUAGGCCACUUUUUCUAUCCCAUUUUUGUUUUCAUGCUUCACUCCGAGAUGGAUUUUUAAGAUGGACUCCAAUUUGAUAAGUGAAAGAAACAUGUAUACAAUCCUGCAUCAUUCCAGAGUCAUGCAUUUAUUCAACACUUAUAAUGGACUGUAUAUCCCAGACUACUAUACUGUUGAAGCCAGCUGUGAAGAGAAGUUCUCCUGACUGACCAAUUAACAGUUUGAAACCUCAAAACUUCAAGUUCCUCUUCAACUCAUACAGAAAUGGAGGAAAGUUUAGUCCAGAAAAGUUUCAAGCUGUAAACCUCAGCCAAGCUAUUUGGUAUUCAUUUAAAGCAUGAGGUAACUAUUGCAGACCGUGUGCUUUCCCUCAACUAUAUAUUACUGCCUUGUUUGUCUGAAAAGUGUUUCUAGAGGAUUGUCCUAAGGAAAAAGUGAAAGAAAAGUUUGUAAUAUUUUUUUUUUCUUUUUCAGUUAGUGCCUGUUCAUGUAUGUUGUCAAGAGAGUCUCUGCUAUUCUUGCGCCUCGAGGCUCUGAUAGGUCAUUCAUUUUAUCUGAAUAUACAGUUUAAAACAAUUUAAGUACAAGUAUAUUUGUGAUUCUAGGGUGUUGUGAAUAGUUAAGUCGUAAAAGAAAUGCUACAACGUAGCGUGAUGUCCUUGAUACAGACAGCAGCCGCUUAUGGCCCAGCUUGAAAAGUAAACUGAAAACAAAAAAAGUAGGUCAGAUACAUAAUGUAAAAUGUGAUGAAAAAGGUCAAAGGCUGGGUGAUAAAAAGGGGUCACAGUUCAACAUUCAGUGUUUACAAUGGUGUCGGAUGCAGGUGGGUUUGCCAAGGCAACUCAAGGUCAUCAUAGAUGCGUGAAAAAGGAGAGAACACAGAGUGGGAGUCUGUUUGAGGGCUGUAGGGAUGUCGUUCGAGCCCCUGAACACAAUCAACUGACUCACCUUUUUAAGAGACUGAGACAACUGUGUCAAUAAAAAGGAACAAUUUCCCUUUUUCUCCAUAGGAGAGAAGAUACAAGGUAAUGAAUGAAAAAGAAAGCAGUAUUCCUGCCAAACAGGACUAAAUCUGAGAUACAAACUGUACUCUCGGGGUAUGGUGUCUUUUAGAUGAGUAGAUUCCCUCUCUUCUUCUUUUUUAUAAGAAAAGAAAAGACAAUGGUAGGAGUAAUUAUUAAAACACUAACAAAUGCAUAGACAUCCCAGUAGAAUAUGUGUAGCUUUUGUAAAGGCAAGAAAGGAAGAAAAAAAAAAGCAGACUUUUGUUUAUUUUCAUUUCAAGAUGCUUACAGAAAAAGGUUAUCAAUAUAGGUAAUAUUGAUUAUAAUGUUUGUGAGCUAAGACUAGUUGGAAUGUCUAUACAGAGCACUGUGCAAGGUUUGAGUUCCCAAAGUAGUUGUUUUUAUUUUGACUUUAUCGAUAGACCAAACGUUUUUUCAAUGGAAGUUGUCACUUUCGGUUGCUGUUUUAAAUGUGUAAAGCUGUGGUUUCAAUGGAAUAACCCUAUCGAUUAUCAAUCAGUUGAUUAGUGUAUCAAAUAUCCAACCAUUGAACUGGUUGUUAAAGAAAGUUCACAGUUCAUCUCCUAUCCCAAAUUCUCGUGGUUAGAGGGUAUAUUUAGAAAAAAAAAAUGCCUUUAACACUGGUUAACAACCACUAUUUAUCCCUCCUGGACUGUUUUUGAUGGGGUAUCCAUUGAUUGCAACCACACCAUAAUGUGCAUUAAUGUGUUUUAAGUUCUUUUUUAGAGCACCUUAUGAGUUUUGUAGUGAAAGUCCCUUAGUGGUGUCUCCUUAACAACUACUGUCAAUGCCACCGUGCCUUCUGUUUCAAGCACUUCCUGGUGUAUUUUGUAAAACUCACCAAAAGCACUUAGCCUAUUUCUACAUACACUCUUUCUUCCUCUCUGUCCUUCCACCUCCUUUUCUUCCUCUACUCUUCUCCUUCAUCACCUCGGCCCGUUUUCCUAAUCUUUUUCUCGUGUCUUUACCUCCUGACCCCUAUCUCCUGGGGGAAGCUGUUUUCAUACUGUACCAGAUUUCUCUCCUACUGUUCGGGCCCAUUCGGCCUUAAACAAGGUCACUAGGCCUUAAAACAUUCUAGCAUGGCUAGAGGCUUGAAAGAAUGGACUACCUAACCCUUAGACAAGUCAAAAAAAUCAUUAUAGAUGUAGGGUUAGAAUACUUUCGGUCUUAAUACUAACCCUUGGUAAACCAAAGCCCAAGUCUAAGACUAAUAAAUAUUAUAUUUAAUUUCAUGAGGUGCCAAAACAUGUCUGAUGUGACACUAAAGCAUAUAUCAACUUGAUAAAACAUAAUAAUUCACCUUUCCUCUCUUUUUCCUUUGCCGUCUUCUCAUAUCCUUUUUCUUGACCUUCCUCCCCUUUCUUUCUCUCAUGCUUGCUCUUCCUCUAUGUCCCUCUCUUGUCCGUAAAACUGUCUAUCUCUAGCACCACUUGAAGGUGACGUGUACUAUCUGGUAUUGAGGCCUUUAUUAGAUUUUUAUUUCAGUUUAUGUGGUGUUUGUUCAAUGCCGUUGAGAUGGAAAAAUGCUCUUCUUAUAAUGAUAAUUAUUAUUGUUUUUGGCAUUAUGGUUAAAAAAACAACAAAAAAAAGAGAAAUGUGUUGUUGAAUGUUGUACAGAUAGCACUAGAGAUGUUGUGUUUUUUUAAUGAGAGCACAAACCUGAGUGAUGGUCCCUUCUACUCCUCCCACAGGCAGAUGGGAAUAAAACGGCCUGCCAAUCAUUCUAGAUGUCUAAUGACAACAAUUUCCUCGGUGAUGAGAGAUUUUCAAAAUAGACCCUUUGUUUAAGAAGCAUUCUUCUCUGGAGAUUUGAAUGUAAAAAUGUAGCCUUCGACUCAAACUCCAAAUCUGCACGGAGAAAAAAAAAUCAUCUUUGAAAGACUGAGAUAGCACUUAAAAGUCAAUAUUUUUUCUCUCUUGAAGGUUUAGUUUGAUUUUUUGGUAAAUUUACUCUUUUGCCAAUUAAUAUAAAGUCAGAAAACUCACAGGUGCCUUUUCAUUUUUUUGCAAGCAGUGUGAAAGUAUAUAAUUACCUCAUGGAUGUCAGUGGGAGAAGUAGUGUCUCUUUUCAAAAGUGAAGAAAUACACAUUUGUACUUUUGUAUAGAUGGACAGCUGGUUUAACUGAACCGCACAAUAUACCGCAGUGCAUUUGUAGAGUUGCACGUUGUACUGUUAAUUGAGAAUUUACACUGUAAUCAAACUUUGGAUUUUGUUUUCAAGAGCCCCCAGCCACUUUGGAUGAAUAUGAAAAUGAAAAUUUCCAAAAAAAGUAUUAUGGUUAAGACAAUUUGUUAGUGCUGCUAUAUGCAAACGUUCAGUGUUGAAGGUGUAUUUCCCCCUUUUUGAGAGGAGCUCCUACUGAGCAUCCAUAGACAUCCAUUAAGGCUGAGCUCACUAUUCAACUAACUACCUUCAAAACUCCCAAAAAGACAUAAAAGGCAUCCUUGAGUUUGACUAGGCAAACAUUAAAAAAUUCUCCACUAAACGAACUAUCCCUUCACAUUUGCACGUACUUUCAACUUAGCUCCCUUGUGAUUCUUCAAAUAUAUAUGAAAAUUGCACCUUAUCUCCUGAUUGUGAAUCAGAUCAUUUCACCAAAAGGAUAACUUCAGAUGAACUGAUCCUGCGUACUGUAUCUACAGGUAUGAUCAAUUUGAAGGUGUUGUUUACCAUUAAAAGGACAAAUCUUUGUGAGGUGAGGGGGCCAUGCUGGGUUUGGGCUCUUGUGUAGUUGACUGCCAUUGCAGUGAGGGAAAACUGAUCUAACAUAGUAGUGACUAAUAUGACUUUGUGGACAGAUAAAAAAAAAUAAAAAUAAAACACAUUAGAAAUAA